AUGAAAAAACCGCUUCUUCUUAGGGUCGCUGUAUAUUCACCGUAUCAUCUUCAACACCAUAAAUCACUCUACUCUGCGUCGCUUUCUCCACAUCAAACCAAAUGGAACUCCAAAACCAACGUCAUAAUCACUCACCCAACCCUUGCGGUGAUGGAAUCAUGUUCCUCCAUGAAUCAACUCAGGCAGAUUCAAGCGCGCAUGACUCUCACCGGCCUCAUCACCCACACCUUCCCCCUCAGCAGACUUCUCGCUUUCUGCGCCCUCUCCGAGGCCGGCGACCUCCGCUACGCCCGUCGUCUCUUCAGCCGUAUCCCCCAACCCAACACCUUCAUGUGGAACACCAUUAUCCGAGGCUAUAACAAGGGCCGAAAUCCCGCCACGGCCUUCUCCUUCUUCAUCCUCAUGCUUCGGCACCGCGUUCCGUUCGACCCCAGAACAUUCGUCUUCGCGCUCAAGGCUUGCGAGAACUUUUCGACGGCUCCACAAGGAGAGUCCGUGCAUUCCCUUGCUCGAAAAACGGGGUUUGAUUCCGAGUUGCUAGUGCGGAAUGGGUUGGUGCAUUUUUACGCUGCCCGUGGUUGGUUGAACCACGCGCGCGGGGUGUUCGACGAAAUGUCUGUUAAGGAUGUUGUUACUUGGACCACGAUGAUUGAUGGGUAUGCAGCGUGCAACUGUUCUGAUGUGGCUAUGGAGCUGUUUGGUUUGAUGUUGGAGGGUGAUGUUGAGCCUAAUGAGGUCACGCUCAUUGCGGUGCUUUCAGCUUGCUCUCAGAAGGGUGACCUCGGUAUGGGGAAAAUGAUUCAUGAAAUUAUGGAGAAGAAUAAUGCGCGGUGGGGUUUGAGUUUACAUAAUGCCUUGUUGGAUAUGUACGUGAAAUGUGGCAGUCUGGUGGCUGCAAGGGAGGUUUUUGACGGAAUGGAAAGUAGGGAUGUUUUUUCUUGGACUAGCAUGGUUAAUGGGUAUGCCAAAUGUGGUGACUUGGAGUCUGCAAGGAAGUUUUUCGAACAAACUCCUCAGAAAAACGUGGUCUGCUGGAGUGCGAUGAUUGCAGGAUAUUCUCAGAAUGACAAACCUGAGGAUUCAUUAAAAUUGUUUCAUGAAAUGCUUGGGCAAGGUUUUGUUCCGGUUGAGCAUACCUUAGUGAGUGUGCUCUCUGCUUCUGGUCAACUGAGUUGCUUGAGUGCGGGUCAUUGGAUACAUCAUUAUUUUGUUGAUGGAAUAAGAAUACCGCUGACAGUUACCUUGGCAAAUGCCAUUAUAGAUAUGUAUGCCAAAUGUGGAAGCAUAGAUGCAGCUGCGGAAGUCUUCAGCGCAAUGUCAGAGAGAAACUUGGUUUCUUGGAAUUCUAUGAUUGCAGGUUAUGCUUCCAAUGGUCGAGCAAAGCAAGCUGUUGAAGUUUUUGAUCAGAUGAAGUGUUUGGGAUUUAAACCGGAUGAUAUUACAUUUGUGAGUUUGUUGACAGCUUGCAGUCAUGGUGGCUUAGUUUCUCAAGGUCAAGAAUACUUUGACUCCAUGGAAAGAAACUAUGAGAUAAAACCCAAAAAGGAACAUUACGCUUGCGUGGUUGAUCUACUAGGCAGAAAUGGCCUCGUAGAAGAAGCUUACAAGUUAAUAACAAACAUGCCAAUACAACCUUGUGAGGCUGCUUGGGGUGCCCUUUUAAGUGCUUGUAGAAAGUACGGCAAUGUUGAGCUGGCCAAUUUGUCUGCAUCUAAUCUUCUAAGUUCGGAUCCAGAAGACAGCGGCGUCUAUGUGCUUCUGGCAAAUAUUUGUGCUAAAGAGAGAAAAUGGGGUGAUGUUAGGAGGGUGCGAAGUCUGAUGAGAGACAAGGGUGUGAAGAAGAUUCCUGGUCGUAGCUUAGUAGAGAUAGAUGGUGAAUUUAAAGAGUUUUUGGUGGCAGAUGAAUCACACCCACAAUCUGAGGAGAUAUAUAGAGUACUGGAUGAAAUAUUUAUGUUAUCAAAAUUGGAAGACUGA